AUGGUUCGCGUUGAAAAUUUUCAAAAUUUUUGGACUGAACUUCAACAAGUAUAUGCUCAAGUUCUAGCUCUGGGAAACCUAAAUGAAGGCAUAUCGAAUGAGGAUGUAGAAAAAAAUGGUGAUCCCUUAGGCCCAAUUACUGAAGGCUCUGAUCCUAGCAUUGCGGACGUAGAAAUCCAAGGCAAUGAUAAAGUUGACACUGGCAAUCAUGAGAUAUCAGAUGUUUAA